UCAUUAAAUAGCAGGUUUCAGACGGGCAGUCCAGUAGAUCACUAAUCAUGUUGACCGCACUUGUUCUGUUGUGUCUCGGACUCUUUCUUCUGUACUUGCAAUUCAGAAUUCGACGACCUAAAAACUUCCCCCCUGGACCCACUCCUGUUCCAUUUUUUGGAAAUCUGCUUCAACUGGACCGCACAAACCCGUUAAAGGACUUCGACAAGUUUGCUCAGCGCUAUGGGUCCAUCUAUGGGCUGUUCAUUGGCAGCCAGCCAGCAGUGGUGUUGACCGGUCAGAAAAUGAUCAGGGAGGCUCUGAUCACACAAGCGGUGGAGUUUGCUGGCAGAUCAGACAACAUGAUGGUCAGUCAUGUAACAAAUAGCAAAGGGGUGAUCAUGGCAGAUUAUGGAGAAAGUUGGCGGGAACAUCGACGCUUUGCUCUGACCACACUAAGGGACUUUGGCCUUGGAAAGAAAAGUAUGGAGAAGAGGAUUCUAGAGGAGGUCAAAUAUAUCUGCUCACAUUUAAAGGAAUCUGUUGGAAAGUCCAUUGACCCUGAACAUCUGUACCACCAAGCUGCUUCAAACGUUAUUGCCUCAAUCAUUUUUGGGUCACGUUUCAAUUAUCAGGAUGAAUAUUUCCAGAUAUUGAUCUCAAGCAUUGAAAAACUUACUAAGAUUAUCAUUGGACAAUGGGCAAUGAUUUAUGAAAUAGCCCCAGUGUUAAGGAUUUUCCCACUGCCAUUCUGCAAGGCUUUUCAGUAUUAUGGGGAAAUUAAAAAUCACAUUCUUAAGGUUGUGGAUGAGCACAAGAAGUCACGUGUUACCGGAGAGCCCAGAGACCUGAUUGACUGUUACCUGGAGGAGAUAGAGAAAAGAGCAGAUCAACGCACCACAUUUGACGACUCACAGAUGGUCACUUUGCUGUUUGACCUGUUUGCGGCUGGAACUGAAACAACCUCUAACACACUGCGCACUUUAACGCUCUAUUUGAUGAGUCACACUCACAUACAGGAACAAUGUCAGCGGGAGAUUGAUGAAGUGCUUGGUGAUCGUGAACAUGUCACAUUUGAGGACAGAAACGCCAUGCCUUACGUUCAAGCGGUGAUUCAUGAGGGUCAGCGUGUCGGUGACAUUGCUCCACUUAGUCUGUUUCACACCGCUACAACCAACACUCAGCUCCAGGGCUACAACAUCCCAAAGGGGACAAUUAUCAUCCCUUAUCUGUCAUCUGCUCUCAGAGAAAAAGGUCAAUGGAAGUUUCCCGAUGAAUUUAACCCUCAAAACUUCUUGAAUGAUAAGGGGGAAUUUGUGAAGCCCAAUGCAUUCAUGCCAUUCUCUGCAGGAUCUCGUGUGUGUUUAGGAGAAAAUCUAGCUCGCAUGGAGCUCUUCCUCAUCAUGGUCACAGUGCUGCGGCGAUUCCGUCUGGUCUGGCCCGAAGAUGCAGGAGAACCGGACUUUAAACUUAUAUUUGGUGGGACACAGUCAGUGAAACCUUACCGUCUGACUGUACAACUACGUACACCUGGGGAGACUUGUAAAUCUGUUUACUGAACAUACAUUGCCCUUCAGGAAAAACCUCCCUCAAAAGUGGGUUAUGAGGUUCAAACUCUAAACAUCAUGCAUGAUUAACAAUGACAAUGGCAUCAGAUGCUAGACUAUUUUUAUCUUUUAAGCAAAAGUGAAACAAUUAUGACACACAAGACAUUAAAUAUGCAAGUAAAUUAAGUUGUAUAAAAUUGCAAUCUAUAACACACCUUUGAAAACUUGCAAAGACAAUUAUGAAAAACAAAUUUUCCCUAAUACGUUAAAAACUCAGUUUUUUUGUGUGUUUGCUUAUUUACUCAACAUCUACAGGAAGUUACAAAACAUCCAAAAUCAGUCAAGAAAUCAAAUUAUAGUUUGUAGCUUUUGUGCCAACUAGCCCCAGUCACUUUUAAUAAAUUAAAUGUUAAU